CUUGGUCCAAUUGAACCUCACUAGCCCAGUGUCCACCUCAGCUCCGAGUACCAUUUUAGCGCCUAAAUCUCAAAGACGAACUCCGAGGGACCGAGUCCAACUAAAACGCCGCGCUUUGGUCAUCGCUGUCUGUGACGGAAGCAAUGGGAGAAGAGGAAGAGGAGAAACACCAGUCCAAUUCGCCAUCCGGAGUUGCAGAAAUUACACAAGCUACCCAGGAAGAGCACUCGUCGCCUGUGGUUCGGUUCGAUGUUCCGCCACAUAGAACCUACCACUUCUACCACCAGUUCAGGACCGGCCCCAACCCUAACAACUUUCUAAAAGGCGUCAAAUGGUCACCGGAUGGAUCGUGCUUCCUUACAAGCUCUGAGGACAACACGCUUCGUGUGUUCACAUUACCAGAUUAUGGAAGUGGUGGUGAUGGUAGCACUUGGUCUACAAUUUCUGAUGAAGAUUCCUAUGCUGCUAAUGUUGUUGUGAACGAGGGAGAGUCGGUAUAUGACUUCUGUUGGUAUCCAUACAUGUCUGCUUCAGACCCAGUUAGCUGUGUUUUUGCAAGUACGACUCGGGACCAUCCAAUUCAUCUUUGGGAUGCUACUUCGGGCGAGCUGCGUUGUACAUACCGGGCAUAUGAUGCCAUGGACGAAAUUGCUGCCGCAUUUUCAAUUGCAUUCAAUCCUCAUGGGACGAAGAUAUUUGCUGGAUACAACAAGGCUGUUAGGGUGUUUGACAUACAUCGCCCUGGUAGAGAUUUUGAACAACAUUCAACACUUCAUGGGAAUAAAGAAGGCCUAGCAGGCAUUAUAUCUGCUCUGGCUUUUUGUCCAACUCAUACUGGAUUGCUAGCUAUGGGUUCUUACAGCCAGACCACAGCAAUAUAUAGAGAAGAUAAUAUGGAACUUUUAUAUGUUUUGCAUGGCCAUGAAGGUGGGGUAACACAUAUCCAGUUCUCAAAAGAUGGAAAUUAUUUAUAUACAGGAGGCCGGAAGGACCCUUAUAUAAUGUGCUGGGAUAUACGCAAAGCCGUUGAUGUUGUGUACAAGUUAUAUAGAUCAUCAGAAUGUACUAACCAGCGGAUAUUGUUUGAUAUUGAGCCCUUGGGGCGACAUCUGGGUACAGGUGGUCAGGAUGGUCUUGUUCACAUAUAUGACCUUCAAACAGGGCAUUGGGUGUCAAGUUUUCAUGCUGCAUUGGACACUGUAAGUGGAUUCUCUUUCCAUCCAUUUCUGCCAAUGGCGGCCUCCUCAUCAGGGCACCGAAGAUUUGUACUUCCUGAUGACACCUAUAAGGAUAUUCCUUUGACUUUGAGUGGCAAUGAAAAUUGUGCUUCUGUGUGGAGUUUCUCAAUUGCUACAACGGUGGAGAAUGAUACUGAGAUAAAUGGUGAUGCUUCUAACUGUCCGUCCGAACAUGAAAACCUCCACCACGAUCCCUGAGUAUUUUUGUUGUUUUUGGUGACAGCCUUGUGUAUAAUCAAGUUUCUGUGCUUCAUAUUAGUGUUUCUUACAAUUAUGCUUGGAAAGGCCAUCGUUUGCUUAACUGUUGUACAAUUUUAUUGAAGAUGGCAAGAGAUAUCCGAAUCUAUAUCUGG